UCCAGCGAUUGCAAUAAAGUUUUUCGUGGGGUUACUCAGGAGCCCGAUAUCCCUCCGUGGAAAGUUUUGGAGCGCCCUUUGGAGAGGAGAGUGUCGACUUUGACGCACCGAGCGGGUGUAAGCAGGUUUCUGGGAGAUAACUGGAAGUUUGUUGUGAAAAUCCAAGAACGGCAGUCAACAUGAAUAAUGGAUCCAACCGAAGUAUUGAUCCGAGCUGCACGGACAAACCCCCUCUCGCCAUCGACAUCAUCCUCGAGUUGGAUGUUUUUGGCAUCAUCCUGUACUCCGUACUCACCUUCAUGGCGACAGUGUCCAUGCUGGUCUACAUAGAGGAGUGUAUCUACAUCUAUCGGAAAGUGCCCGCCAAUAAGAAGAGUGUAAUCAUCUGGGUAAAUGGGGCGGCGCCGGUGAUUAGCACCAUGUCCUGUCUCGGGAUGUGGAUCCCCAGGGCCACCAUGUUUACCGAUAUGACCUCUGCCUGCUACUUUGCCGUCGUGGUGUUCAAGUUCCUGAUCCUGAUGCUGGAGGAGGUGGGAGGCGACGAGGGCUUCCUGAAGCGAGCAGGGAGACAUAAACUGAAGAUCAGCACUGGGCCGUGUUGCUGCUGCUGCCUCUGCCUCCCAUAUGUUGCCAUCACACGGCGUUCUCUCUUCCUGCUCAAACUUGGUUCCUUCCAGUUUGCUCUUCUGAAGAUUGUCUUCACCAUCCUUUCCAUUGUCCUCUAUACCAAUGGGACGUUCGACCUGUCUGACUUAAACAUUACUGGAGCUGCAAUAUGGAUCAACCCGUUUGUGGGCAUCUUGACGAUCAUAGCCCUGUGGCCUGUAGCGAUCAUGUUCAUGCACCUGAGGAUUGCCCUGCGGUCACUAAAGAUCAUCCCCAAGUAUGCCAUGUACCAGCUGGUGCUGAUCCUGAGUCAGCUGCAAACAGCGAUCAUCAACAUAUUGGCUUUAAAAGGAACCAUCGCCUGCGCUCCCCCCUUCUCCUCCGCAGCCAGAGGAUACAUGAUGAGUCAGCAGCUUUUGAUCCUGGAGAUGUUCAUCAUCACACUGGUAACACGUCUGCUGUAUCGGAGACAGUAUGACCCGUUGCCCGAAGAAGAAUACGACGACAACGAAAACACCAAGAUGGCUGCAAUAGACGUGUCUUCAUGAGAACUCUUAAUGUGUUGAACUGUGUGUGUGUGUGUGUGUGUCUGUGUGAGCGAGUGUUUCAUUUGUACUUUCUGCAUGUGUCUGAUUAAAAGAUUGUAUAAUUAAAUAUGAAUAAAUAUGAAUUAUAUCUUCUAUAUAUAUACAUUUCCGUUCAAAAGUUUGGGGUCACUUAGAAAAUUCCAUGUUUUCAAAAGAAAAACCUUUUUUUUUUGUCCAUAAAAGUAACUUCAAAUUGAUCCAAAAUAA